AUGCCUUUAUCAUCAAGCGACCGAUUUCGUAUAUUCAAAGCUAAACUUAAUCUUGAUGAAAACAAAUCAUUGUUACAAAAAUUUCGAGAAAAAGAUGCUGCUAAACAUCGUAAAAUUCGUCAACUUAUUAAACAAGAUCCAAUUAAACUUGAAAAAAUUCGACAACCAACAUCUUUAUACAAAUGUCCUCAAACUUUAGCCAAGGCUGUUCAUCGUUCAGAAAGAAGUCUUCCAGCAAGUCCAACAAGAAAAAAAGAAAUUAUUCGACAUCUAGCAAUCAAACAUGGAGUACUCACCACGCCACCAAUGCCAGCAAAACCAACUAAUGAUCCUUCGGAAGCUACGAAAAAUAAAGCUGUACAAUUCUAUCAAAUCGACGAAAUCAGUAGCGUUGCUACUGUUAGAGAAGUUUAUGAACAAUUCAAAUUGAUGUAUCCUAAUGAAAAAAUUGGUUCAACAUCUUUCAGCUUACUUCGUCCAAAACAUGUUUUACCGAUGUCUGAUAUACCUCAAAAUGUUUGCUUAUGCAAAUAUCAUGCAAAUAUUGACUUGUUAUUAUCAUCAAUAAGUUCUAUCUUAAAUACACCAAAAACAACAGCACUCUUCCGUGAAGCUUUAGUUUGUGACAGCAAUGAUAAAAAUUGUAUGUCGUCGAAUUGUACAACAUGUGGUGAUUUAAAAUAUUUUGAUAAAAUAUUCGAAUGUAAUGAAGAACUUGGUGGAGAAGAUUUAUGUUAUUCUCAAUGGGAAACAAUCAAUGCAAAAAUAGUUAAAACAGAAAAAUCCGGCACGAUUCAAGAUGCCAUUAGUGACUUAAAAAUUAAAGCUAACGAUUUUUUGAUGCACAGUUUUAUUACCCAUGUUCAAUAUUUAUAUUUUGAAGAAUGUAAACAAAAUGCAACACCAACAUCGAUUGUUUUACAAAUUGAUUUUUCAGAAAAUUAUCGCACAAAAUAUCAAGAUGAGGUUCAAAAUGCAUUUUUUAAUUAUAAACAAGUUGGUUUAUUUAAUGCUGUGGUUUGGUCUGGUCCGAAUUUCGAUGUUAUUAAUUAUUCAUUAAUAUCUAAUGAUAUUUCUCAUGAUAAAUAUUCGAUACAUUGUUGUUUAACAAUAAUUAUUAUUGAUCUUAAAAAAAGAUUUACUUCGUUGGAAAAUAUAAAUAUUUUUUCAGAUGGUGCAGCAUCGCAAUUCAAGCAACGAUAUACUAUUGCAAACUUAACAUUUUUAUCAAAUGAUUAUCAUGUUAAUCUUAUCUGGAAUUUUUUCUCGAGUGGACGUGGUCGUGGUGCAGUUGAUGGAGUAGGUGGAACUGUUAAACGAUUAGUAUGGAAAGGAGUAAUGGCAAAACAAUGCACUGUACGUAAUGCAAAAAAUUUUGCACAUUAUGCAAAUGCCAUUACCAAAAAUAUCAAUAUUAUAUUAGUAAAUGAGCAAGAUAUUAAAUCACAUUCCGCAUUACUUGAUCAACGAUGGAACAAUAUCAAAGCAAUUCCAAACACAUUGAAAAUUCACUCUGUUAAAUCAUUGUCACUUUAUAAUGUGGAAGUUAAACCAUUUUCGAAAUUAACAGCUAGAAAAACAUUUUGUUUGAAACCGUAA